CUCCAAAUCGCGCUCUUCGUGCUCGUCGCCCCCGGUGAUAAAUCCCCUCCUUCGGAUUUCUCCCUCUCGCCUUCUUUUUUUCUUCGGAUCGAUUCAUGGCUUCGAUCUCGGGGACGGCGAUCGCCACCUUUGCUCGGCCUCAAUUUGCCGCGCGGGCUCAGGUUGUGAAAGGUUUUUCUGGACUGAAAUCUGUUUCCUUUUCCAUUCAAAGGAAUGGCUUUCCAUCGGUUCGGUUGCAACCAGCCCCACGACGCUUUCAAGUAUCUUGUGCUCAGGCAAAACCAGAGACUGUGCAAAAGGUGUGUGAAAUAGUGAAGAAGCAGCUGGCGCUGUCUGAUGAUACUCCUGUGACUGGUGAAUCAAAGUUUUCAGCACUUGGAGCUGAUUCACUUGACACGGUUGAGAUUGUCAUGGGCCUUGAGGAGGCAUUUGAGAUCAGUGUUGAAGAAGAAAGUGCACAGAGCAUCACAACAGUGCAGGAUGCUGCUGAUCUGAUUGAGAAGCUUGUGGAGGCAAAAUCUAGUUAGAUGAAUAAGAAUGCUCAAUUUUCAUCAGAAAAAUAAAAAGAAUGUUGAAGAAUGGAUGUGUUUUUCAUCUAGCAAAUUCCAAGUGUCCAGGUUUUGCACUUUGCUGGCUAUCUGUCCAUUAGAUGGAUUAAUACUUGGGGUUGUUAUCAAAUUUUACUUUGUUGUUUCAAACUGCUAGGAGGCCAUAUCGGUCAGAUAUUCGGUUGUGUUUUUAAGUUAAUAUUUUCUGUUUCCAUGACAUGCACGUACCAAUUACAUUUUAGGAAAAAAUAUAGUGA